AUGGCUAUCUAUCUAGAAUAUCAUGAGAUUCUGACUCAGGUCAGCUUAGCAAGACUGCUGGCAAGGGUCUUGGCAAGACGGAUUAAAUACCUGCAGCCCCGGAAGAUAGUUACGGACAUUUCGAAGUUACGGGCAGUGUCCGGUCCCGGACUGCCCGGACUGCCUGGACUGCCCGGACUGCCCGGACUGCCUGGACUGCCCGGACUGCCCGGACUGCCCGGACUGCCUGGACUGCCCGGACUGCCCGGACUGCCCGGACUGCCUGGACUGCCCGGACUGCCCGGACUGCCCGGACUGCCCGGACUGCCUGGACUGCCCGGACUGCCCGGACUGCCCGGACUGCCUGGACUGCCCGGACUGCCCGGACUGCCUGGACUGCCCGGACUGCCCGGACUGCCCGGACUGCCCGGACUGCCUGGACUGCCCGGACUGCCCGGACUGCCUGGACUGCCCGGACUGCCCGGACUGCCCGGACUGCCCGGACUGCCCGGACUGCCCGGACUGCCCGGACUGCCCGGACUGCCCGGACUGCCCGGACUGCCCGGACUGCCCGGACUGCCCGGACUGCCCGGACUGCCCGGACUGCCCGGACUGCCCGGACUGCCCGGACUGCCCGGACUGCCCGGACUGCCCGGACUGCCCGGACUGCCCGGACUGCCUGGACUGCCCGGACUGCCUGGAUAA